CAGUUUCAAGCAACUGGAGAGCUGAGUGACUUGUUUUGCCAACGAAAAGAGGUGAGUGUGCUUUUUAGAACUUGUCGUCAUAAUAAGGGCAAAGGAAUAAUAUAUUUUUUGUUUUCAGUUUGUUUGUCGGUUGUAAUUUUUUUUCUAACAUUUUUUUGCAACAUAAUAAUUCUGGUAAAAAGAUGAGCCUCAGUCUCUAUAGUUAUCAUUAUUUUGAAGUUCUACUAGGAUGUACCAAACCUAGCAACCAACUAAACCUCCCACAUGGAAUCUAAGUUGAAUUCAACUAACCACUAUAUUAAUCGGACAAGCUCAUACCGCCCUGGGUUAUCCCGUUUGCCAGUCAUUUACUGUCAGCCACCUUUAUCUCGGGUAACUUGAAAUUUCUACUUAGAAAAACUCUUCCUGAAUUUAACUGAUGACUCGAAUAUGUUAAUUAAACAGUCCGGUUGUUGAAAUCGUUAGAAUAGACUAACAAACAAUUCAGUCACAUAAAAGUCAUCGAGUUUUGUCCUCGCCUUGUUGGGAAAAAAUGUCCUAACCAGCGGACUUUCUUAUCAAAAGUGCCUUAGGUACAUCGGUAUUAGAAAUGUUUUGACAGAGCCGUUCUAGAGUGCAAGGAAUCUUGAAGUAUGACCAUUCUUCGUUGGUAGAUUGAGAGUUUCUUUGACGGCUGUAGGGCGCUUUUGUUUGCUCUCAUUUCUGUUCUGAUUCUGUUCAGAUGGAACGAAAAGCGUUUCGGUGCUUUGUUGUACAUUUCUGUGAGGAGCAUCUUUCUUCGAUACGUUUCUGCUCAUUGGGAAUGAAGUUGAUCUUGCAUUUCUAGAGUAAAGCCACUGAGGAACCGAUUGCCCGACUUCUGGUAUAGCUGAUUGAUGGGAUUCAACUUGGGGAGCAUAUUGGUUUUCAUAGUAUGGGUCUACCAUUCCUCAGUCGUCUAGAGAUAAAUUUCGUCAAUAUAUCUCCUGUAGGGCCGGGCUUAUCAUUAGUUACGAGGAAAGGGUAAUGGUUUCUGGUCUUUCCAUUAAUAGGAAGGACAGAACGCCUGAAUUAUUACAACCAAAGUGGACUUUCUGUUUUGGCGAAAAAAAUUCAGAGCUGAGAAGUGCAAAUAGCGUGACUGUAAGAAUUGGCAAUUAUUCGAUGAAACUAAAUAGGAUGGCUAGGCAGAAAUCUCUCAGAUCACACGAAAGAGGCUAUUGUUUUGUUUUUCAACCAAAAUAUUUUAGAGUUUAAAAAAAGUUACCAAUUUGUUUCAAAAUAGCAGUUUUUUUUAUAUAAAAUCGUUAAAUAGGAACAGGCGACUUGCCGCUUUGCCCAUAUUUCGGACGGUCAAGUCGUGCCUCUUCGCCGAUGAAGUAUCGGGAAAACUAAGUGGCCUUUUUACGUUUUCUCUUACAGACUCCCCGCUGGCUAUAUUGAUUUUUUUCAGAUCCGACAAGUAACGCUUUUACGAUCCAGACUAGUGUAAAAAGACAUUUGGUUUUAAAGGGGACGAAUCACGACAAUCCAGUUCCUUUUGAUAAGUCAGUUUUCCCUAUUUUCUAGCCUUAUUUUCCAGGGAAAAAUGAAAAAGCCGUAGCUUCAUGAAAAGACCUGUCUCCAUGAGGUCAAUCAAAGGUCUAUUUUUGAGAGGGGAGAAAACAACCCACUACAAUAUUUAACAAUUAUUCUUUGAAAUCGAGGUGAAUAGUGGCAAAAUAUUUACCGAGCCGCGAAAGCGGCGAGGUAAAUAUUCCCAAAGCCACUAUUCACCGAGAUUGAGAAGAAUAAUUGUUUUAGUAUAUACACACGAAGUGAUCUCAACAAAAUCAGAAAGGAAAAUGGCGGCUCGGUUGCUCGAGGUAAGAGGUCGUCUUCCUGUAUCAUUCUUUUUCCUGUUUACUUGAAAUGUAGAAUUUCUGCAAACAUUAUACCUGCCAACUUUUUCUGAGAUGUAGGCGUGAGAUUUUUAUCCUGGGAGUGCUGGGAUUUUUGAAAACGACACGAUCAUUUCCGAAGAUUCCCGAAGAAGUCCGAAGUCUUCCGAAGACGUCCGAAGUCUUCCGAAGACGUCCAAAGUCUGCCGAAGGCGAAGUUAUCGAGAAAACGCUUAUCCACAAAAUCAGAGAUCGCGAGGAAGGUAUUGUCAUUUAUUCAUUUUACACAUGGUUUUCGUUCCUUACAUGGGUCUGAGUUAACAUAUUUUUGGAAAUUGUGUCAAGCAAGACGGCAACAACUCACAUUUUUGAAUCAGGCGUGAGAAAUUGGUCCGCAGGCGUGAGUGGGCGUGAGAUCGAAGUUUUCAACCCGCAGGCGUGAGACUCACGCCUAAGGCGUGAGAGUUGGCAGGUAUAAAACAUUUCCUUUUAAAUUUGUUUGUCAUAAAUAAACUUCGAUUUUUGAGCCAAAAUUUUCUUCUUAGAAAACGCUGAGUUCACGAAACGGCUUCUUCUACGCGAAUACACGGGAGUUGUAAACAAUCCAUCGAGCACAAAACUCCUGCUACAGUAAAUUGAAAAACGCCGUAUUGAAUCCUUCCAAGUCUUUUCUUGCCUUAAAAAAAGUCAGCCCUAGGAUUUUGUCGACUUUUAAAAGAUCGUUCUCUAAAAAAAACGGGAAAAACACCGAGCUCACACAUUAUCCACUCGCUAGGAGGUGAAUAUUGUUGAAUAGUCCGAGAUAGCGAACCAAUCAGAUUGCUUAAAUCACCAAGAUCACUGAGUGUGUAUAUACUAAAAAAAAAUAUAACCCUACAAUAUAAAAAAAUUCCCUAUUGUUGAAUAAAAUUUCAUCCCAUACAUAUAGUCCAUCAGCUGAGAGCCGAAAAUUUGGGUUUAUGGCUCACUCGAGGGGAACAGCCGAAACAUGUCACAUAUUAAUCUUUGACUAUUAAGCAUUACAAAAAUGCGUGAUAGCAAGGAUAAAAUGGUAGCUUUCACUUUGAAAAUCGAAAUUUAAAUUUGCCCCUCAUAAUCUCCUUUUGGCCGCCAUCUUGAAUUUUGGGGAGGGCCUAAAAGUUGCUUAUAUUCUUUUAACUUAAACAAAUGUUGUUUUAGCGUAGAUUUAAAUCAUAUUUGAACUAAAAACAUGACUUCCGUUUAUUCUAGUGCUUAAAUUAUAACUACCUGAGGUCCUAUGCCUUUGAAUCAACAUUGAAUCAACAUUGCCCGUUAUUAGUCAUUCAAUAAGACCGGCAGUUCGCUAUUUGUUUAACAACUAGAAAAAAAUGUAAGGUUUAGAAAAUUGUUUCAGAAAAGAGUAAGUAAAUAAAUCAUAUGUUUACAUUGCAAGUGUAUUGAAUAGAGUCUCCUCUUGAAAACAAUUUCUUAGUGGAAAACCUUAUCCAGUCACGCGUCCAUGACCGGAAUUAGUUUUAGAAGUUUCAGUUGAAUGUGAAUUCCCCGCACGUCUCAUCAACAUCAAUGUAAUGGCCGAACUAAGUUCACCAACGAGAGAGAUUUGUAACUCGCUAAGCUUGUCUACACAGAGGUAAGUGAUGACUAACUGCACUCCUUUGGCAAGGGAAAGCAGCCAGUGAAAAACUUUGUAAUGAGCCGUUGCUCAUCCAAUCACGCGCUUUCUUUGAUCCAGUGAAGAAAGCCAAGGUGAAGGCCGUGCAUAAGGUUCGCGACAUGGAUCUAGUACUUCCUCUUGAGCUUGGAUAACACUUAUGGGACUGUUCCAGCAAGUUGAGAACAAAACCGGCAGUUUCGAUGAAACUGCAGGCUACAGAAGUUGUAGAUCUCCUCUGGAGCAAUGUUCCAUGUGGUCGCUUAGAGUAACGAACUUCGCGCAGCAGGUGCGUAGACGAAGUGGCUGACGUGUAGCGCGAGGUGUUGAUCAAAAAUGUCAAAAGACUGAAAAUAAUGUCAAAUUUCUUGUGCCCGACACGGCAAAACUGAAGCAUUUACAAGCAGACUCGGCAACUGGAUCAUGGACUCCCGUGUGACCACUGAAGACCAGUCGGGCGACUACAGGCAGACACAUGGUGACCAGAGACCCAGUUUCUGAGGUACAGUUCCGUGACGAAGAGGCUGAUAAGCGUAUUGUUCUGUAUGCUCGGCUUGCGCGUGGGAAUGACAGUGUGAUGCACUCUUAUACACUGACACUGAGACUGAUGUCUUAAUUUGUCCUAGCGAAAACUUGACUUUGAAAAGGUGCUACGUGAAAAACGGAAGAGGCGCGAACAUUCUAUGCAACUUGACCCAGGCGAUGUUAACCACUGCUUCAUGAGGAGCCCUUACAGGUGUAAACUCGAACACAGGCUGUGAUAACAUCUCUGCCUUCUUUAGUAAAGGGAAGUGGAAAGCAGUCCAGCUUCUCCAACCAAUGGAGGGUACGUCCGAGUUAUGGCGAGUAUUGCGGGAAAGAGUGAUGAGUAUCCAAUGAGAACUUUAAACUCAAGAUACGGAGGCACGCGUAUGUGAACUGUACGGAAAGAAGUGGUAUAGUGCGCUGCUACGAGAUUCAUCCCCAGCUUAAGGCUGCAAGGCCAAGCUGGAAAAUCUGCCGCCAUGCGAGUCAUCUUUUCGACUUACAGGAGCAAAUAUCAAGCCUCAAUGUGAAGAAGAAACAUCGUUCUGCUCCGCUCCUUGGCACGUUACGGUAGAGUAGUUGCAACUCAUGCGUAUGAACCUUUCUUCAGCUUAUGAUGUUAGAGCAGAAAAUGCUGUACAUGUGAAUCUAUGUUUAUGUUAAAUUUUCCAAACGCGAAUGUCAGCAGUGAAGAAUGGUGUUAUGCUAAUGAUGUCAGUUAUGGGAUCAUAGUCUUUUUGUUCUAAAACAAGUUCUGAAGCACGUUUCGACGAGGGGGGAGGGGGCACUCCCUUAUUUCGCUUAUACGGGUCAGGUAUGUGCUGCUAAACACAAUGUCUUGAAAAUUAAACAGGGUGUAGAAUUUUACUAUUUUCAUAGUAAAAUUCUAAUUAUUUAUUUUAUUAUUUUAAUGGCAAAAUUCUAUUAUAAUAGUAAAUUCGCUUAAAGGCGUCUUGAACAGUGUCUUUUUGCGCUGGAAGCCUUAAAAAGACUGUGAAGGCUUGCGAUAAGCAGUUUACAGUUGCAAUACCAAUAAUUUUUUUCCAAUGUAUCUAUUUCUGUGAUGUUAGUUUGAUAAACUAUUUGAUUCUUUGUGUAAAACAAAAAAAAUCAAUGUCAGAAUCUUAAACAGCGUAGAGGUUUGAAGGUCUCGGGGGCAAAGCUAUACUAAGACUUCCCUUUAGUGCACCCACCCCCCACCUCCCCCGAGCAAGUUAUCUGCUCUUAUUUGUGCCUUAUUGCCUCUUGGUAGAGGUAUGAAUUUCUUUCCCUAGAAAACGAAGUUACAAAGGUCUAAACAUGUUCCGCUAGCAUUGUGAUUUCGAUGGCCUUAAACCUUCGACGACUGCUUUGGCCAUUAUCACUCCAUAUGGAGCGAUGCAUGAUCAUGCAUGUUUUCCUUCCUAAACCCAUUUAGCUUUCAGUUCAAGUUAAUACAUUUGUAAGCAAUAACGUCACAAAAGGUAUCCAGCGAUAUCUCGUUUUGGAUAUUCUGACUAAUCCUAACAACAUUACACUCACAAAAAAGGUAACAUUUUGAGGAAAAAUCCACUGGCAAUGUCGCUGUUCAUCUGCUACUCUUUGAAGAAUAAAUUUUUCCCUUUCCUAAAAAGUUGGCCAGCCACAAUUCCAUGCAAAACAAAGACGAUAAAGUGGGCAAACUGCUAAUAAACAAGAAAGGCAAGAUCGAAUAGAUUCGCAAAUAAAGUCAAAAUUUUGGCUUGUGCGCAUGCGUGAAAAACAAAAAAGCCGUUUAAUUACUUCCGAUUAGUCGGAAAAUAUGCAUUUUUUGAUGCAAAAACCAUUUUUAGCCAUUCUUUUAGCCAUGCUAAUUAGCCGAAAACCAAUCCAAACAAGAGGAAUUUGUGAAAAAAUGCGGUUUUUUCGCUACUCGCCGGCCGUCACCAAAGGGUUAAAGAAAGUUACCAAUUUGUUUCGAAUUGACCUUUUUUCUCAUCAAAAAUUUGCCCAUUCAAAAAGGUUUGUAAUGUUUGCCCAAUGUAUGUUUAAUUAAGGUUAAUGGCAAUUUUCUUAUUUAGAUGAAAACAGUUGGCUAAUUUUUGCAAAAUGUGAACUAGAGGAACUUCACAUCUUGACUGACCUUAACAAUGCUAAAAUAAAUCUGUAGUUGUUUAAUCAAAGGUUUGUUUAUAAAUCCAAGAAGGUUUAAGUGGCAAAUUUAAAAUUCGAUUUACAAAGUGAAAGCUACCGUUCUAUCCUUGCUAUCAUGCAUUUUUGUGAUGCUUUUUACUCAAAGAUUUAGAUUAUACAUGUUUUGUUUGUUCCCCUUAAGUGAGCCAUACAACCCCCCUAGCUGAUGGACUAAUACGUUGAAAAGUACCUUUCACUAAAGAAUGAAAGUAUUUCCUCAUAAAAUUUGGGCAAGUUUUCAAAGAAUUUCGCAUUAUAGUUACAAUUCAAUAUGAACUCUAAGCCUCUCUAUCUCUUAAAGAAAUGGUCUGGAACUUUCUUCCAGUUCUGAUGGCCUCCGUUUAAAAGUCUCGGAAUCCAUGCUAGUCUUAAAGCUUUUAUCAUGCACUCUAAGACCAUUGCUGUAGUCUUGAUAAAGACCAGUUCUUUUUAUUUUGUCUUUUUAUUCUUUCACAAAUACUCGAAUAGCUUUCUGUUAAUAGUAGGAAUCACUUCUUUUGGUGCGAUGAGAUGUAAACAAAUUGAGAUAUCCCUAAAGAUUUGAUAAUUAAUUCGGCUUUCGAACAAGGUUAAGUCGCGCGCCGCACUAAUAUUUUAAAGUUUGUUUGCAGUUUGUGAAUUUUAAAUAAUCGUUCCCCUUUUGAUCAUAGGAUAAGUAAAUUCCCCAAAAUCUUGUCGAGCACUUCAUCCACUUAAGGCCUAAACGUUUAUCUUUACUAUUGAACAACCUGCCUAGCUGCAUGGCCUUGGUUUUUUUUAUUACGAGAUGUUCUGAAAGAUUGUUAGAAUAAUACGCAGAGCGUUUUCUACAGAAGGCAUAUCAGCGCAAACCUGUGUCGUCUGUGAAUUGGCCUAGUUUUACCUCACCACCACAAAGCCAGACUCCCUUGACACCGUCGCUUUGGCGAAUUUUGUUGGACAUGAGUUCUGCAGUUAAAAAAAAAGGAAUGGAGAAAUCGGACACCCUUGCCUCACUCCUCUGCUUGGUUUAAUCCAUUCUGAAGCAUAACCAUUGUCACAAACUGCGCUUUCUAUAUACGUUUUCUGUAAAAGGUUUGGACCCUCCUUCUAAAACUUCCACCAAAGUCAUGGAGUUCUAGCGCCCUUUGUACACUUGACCAUUCUACAGUGUAUCAAAAGCCUUACGGAAGUCUAUUUGGAGUAAUAUACCGGAACUUUGAUAUAUAUUUUUUUGCUCUAGCAAAUCGCAAAAAAGUCUUAUGUUCUCGCCUGAUAUAUAUCCACCUUUGAUAAAUCCAGUCUCAUCCUUGGGGGAGUACGGGUUCCAUUCAUUCUGCCAUGGCUUUCGAUGCAAGUUUGUAGUCCACAUUCAGAGGGGUUAUCGGACGUCAAAGGUCUGACAAAGAGCUUUCUUUUAGUACCAGUGUUAUCAAGCCUCUGCGCUGAGAGAGUGACAGUUCACUCUUUAAUUUCCUGAGUCAUAUUAAGACUUUCAAAAAAGUCUGCUCCCAGGAUAUCGAAAAAUACCGUAUAGAAUUCUGCUGGUAUAGCCGUCGUUACUGGGCGAUUUGCCAGUACCAAAAGACGCUAGAGCCUCUUUGCCGCAUUCCUCAUAGGUCAGAGGGCCUUCCAGCUUGGGUAUCACCCCCUUCUCUAAGACAAGGGAUAUUCAGAUUGUGAAUAAAAUGUUGAAAUUCAUUCUCCGCCUCGAUAAUUUGGGAUGAAUAUAAGUUGUCGUAGUAAGAUUCUAGUUCAGUGCAAAAAUUCUACUUAUCACUUAUAACAUGUUCCCCGUCUUCAUUUGCAACCUCCGAUAUAACCGUUCUGUCUUAAUUUGUUUUUUCCAAGUUAAAGAAAUACUUUGUAGGACGCUCUCCUUGUUCUACCAGCGGCAUUUGGUUCUAAAAAUUAAAGCUCGGCCUUUCCGUUCUUAAAUUGUUUUGGAGAUUGUAAUCUCUAUAGUAAAAUUUGCAUUUAUUUUGGUGCAAAUUGGCGUAAUUUAUGGUGAAUGUUUCACACAUCUGACAGGCUUGUAUAUCCUCCAAUUCAAUGUUAUGCCGGAUACUUUGUGUUAAAACCGGCAUUGAUAUUAGGGUCAUGGUAACAUGUUUCUUAAGGCUCUAUUUGAUGUUGCCCUUAAUUCUCAGUAUUAUCGAAGCAAGCAGCUGACCGCAAAAGCUACCUCCCAAUGACUUUAUUGAUGGAUAGAAGUUGUUUCUCACUUUACAUCUUGUCCAGGGCGUAAGAAGCUAGGGCGUUGAAACGAGCGGGGUCGAGCGAUCUAGAUGUGAUGCAAGGGUCUGGGUACUUCCAAAGAGACAAAACAAGAUGGCGGACAUUAUACUGGACCAUCAAAGAGAUUAUCCAGCGAAAGUUAGCCAUUAUCCCGUGGCAUUCAUUUGCUGCAAGCAAUAGCGAAGGGACAAAUUAUUUUUUCUCACCUUCGUUUUCUGUUUUGUUCAAUUUUUCCCCGCGAACAAAUAUCUGUAUUGACAAGAGAGGAUAAAGGGGACAGAGAAGGCAUCCCCGAUACACACCCUAUUCCAUAGGUAAUUCGUCUCGAGUUAUUUUUAAGACCAUAGAUCCCAAGGGGGAUUAGACAACAGCCAAUAACAUAGCACGAAUGUGUUCGGCGUGGAUGACUUACGCUCAGAGCCGCGCGUCCUUCACGAAUUGACGUGGAAAAAAAAUGGAAGAAGACGCGGAGAGCGAUAUUGCUAUUUGUUUUGUCGUCGAAAACGACUAAAGAGAGAUUUCUGAUAAAGCUGUGUCAGCGAAACGGAAAUUAAAAAAGAAUCGCCCUUCCUCUCUUGUAUAGAGCUAACAGUACAGCAGGGAAAUCCUUAACACAAUGAAUUUUCUCUCAGGAUCAUUUAUAAUUUACAGUUUGAAGAGAGCAAUUUCUGGUUUGAUAUUUAUUCUUUCAUUAGUCUUUUAUUAUUCGACAAAAAUAACACUUGGCAUCCUACUUGCUUCGUUAUACAAACGACCGGUUUCAAUAGACCGGCGAAAUUUCUCAUUUUAUUAAAGCACAGCGGUUACGACAACUUCGAGUUAAAAUGAUUUCACGGGUUGUCAAAGAGUCUAGUGAUUCCCUUUUCCCAGGUGAGCGCCGACUCAUUUCGCUUCAAUAUUCAAAAAUGCUCUCGAUCUCUUUACGCUUUCAUUGCCUUUCGCCCGACAUGUUUUGCACGGCGUUUAGUCAUGCGAAACCUCCACGAAACAUCCACGCAGCGCGCGAGGAAAGUUUAUCCCGAUUCUAAAAAUAGCUCCAGACGAAUUACCUAUGGAGCAGGGUGUGUAUGGGGGAUGCCUUGUCUGUCCCUUUAUCCUCUCUUGAUAUCAUGUAUUACAAAUUUCGCUCACAAUCAUAGGUUUUUGGGGUUCUCGAUAUGCCAAGUCAAUAGGUGCGGUUACACACACCAGGCUUUCCCGUGGUAAAUUUGCCAUGGUAAUUUUUACUCGGAUAAACUUUACCAAGGUGACUUGCGGUUACACGUAAAUUUAUUUACUAUGGUUGAUUUCACGCAAUUAUUCUCCCGGGAAACACUUGAAGGACUUUCAGGAGGGUCUGAAUGGGGUGGUGGCUUUUACGGUUAUCGGCUAAAAUUUUGGCUCUUUUACGGCUAUCGGUUAAUUUUUUUCAGUUACGGUUAUCGAAAAAGUUAAAAAUUAACUUCUUUUGUUUCAAAAAGUUAAAUAUUAAUUAACUUUUAUUUUUUGUGUCUUUAAAUGAAAAUAAAGGUCUUCGGAUCAUCUCGGAAUGAAACAAGCUAUUCUUUUGAAAGAUUUUAACAUUUGAUAGAUCAUACUUUUUACAAAGUGUUUCACUUCUAAUAUUAUUUUACACAUAGAAAUGUCAAUACUCAAUUAAAAAUAAUCUUUGUGGAAAAGCAAAAGCGGACACGCAAACGCCCAACUCAAGGCCGAGGCGCGACAUUCGUUAUAACAGAAUUUCCGUUUUCACAUUAGAGACGGAUUAUUCGUGUGAGACAGGUUAUCCGUUUGAUGAUUCACGUCAGAUAGGUAAUACUUCUUUAUUUGAACUAUGGAAUAGUUUUAAUUUUGAAUGAACAAUCCGCCUGACUUUAUCCGUCAAUUUCGACGUACAGUUUGAAGACGGGAUUAUCCUUUCCAGAUAGCCAGUGUACAGCCGCCCCCUCCUCUCUGAAAAAAUCGGAGAAGGGGUGUCAGUGGGGAGGGCGCGACUGUACACAGGUUAGUCUCAGACGGAUAAUCCAUUUCUAGCUCUAGUGUUAAAACGGCCAAUAACAAAAUUCCCGAGUCCAGUGUUUUUAAUGAUAGCGAAGGACUGUACGGAACGACUGUCUGCCAUUGCCUUUUCCGUAGGCCUCAUUAUUCCGCACGGCUAAUGCGUUUCGGGUCACGUGGUCCUAGCGAGUUCGCCACCGAAAUGCCUUGACCGAGAUUGCGUGGGAAGACGCCGUACAGGGACUAGGCAUGGCAAUGUCUACCGUAGCGUCAGAGAAAAACAGGGAAAUGUUGUUUAUCGGCAACGAGUUUUACAAACAGUGACAUCUCUGAGUGUUGUUUCACUAUUGUUUCGAGGGCACGACCUCCUGAAAAUCGCAAAUAUUAAUCCCCAGGAAGAAGCCACACUUUCGCUAUGCAAAAAAUUAGUUCCCCGAGAGAGUGGCGGAAAUGGAGCCUAGGUCUUGGUCAACACCUAAAAGGCGCUUCGCCUAACGUGCGUACGGAGUCACAAUAGCCGGGAAAUAAAAAACGCAACCAUAAGUGAGUUUAGUACCUCCCUUAAAAGUAGCAAAUCUAGGGAACAGUUUCUUUUACGGUUAACUCUUUUUUACUCUAUUUACGGCUAACGGUUAAAAUUUUUCUAUUUUUACGGCUAUCGACUAAAUUUUUGGCCGUUUUACGCCUAUCGGUUAACCCCAUUGAGACCCUCUUUCAGAGCGAGCGCGAUUUUCGGUUUUAAAAAACUGUUGAUAUCCGGGAUAAAAAAACAUAACCCAGAUGGUCCAGGUUCAAUUUCUUAUGUUUCAGAAUCAAGUGAACAAGCGAGUGAAUCCAAAUUCGAUUUUACCCUGCAAAAAAAAAAAAACAAAAACAAAAAACAAACAAACAAACGUUUGCUCAAAUUGUCUGGUGUGUAACCAAAAAUUUCAAAUGUUAUCUGAAGACAAUUUUGAAAUAGUAACUUAUCCAACGGUGCCAUCCGGCUAUCACAACAGAUCGCAACGUGUUAGUCUUCUGGUGAUAUUGGAAGGAAAGGCGCUAAUUAGGCCGUUGAUGAUAAACAAAAUUCUUUGUCAACUGGAGCUUUUGUGGUCUUCUAUCUUACCUUGGGCAGCAAAAAACCGUUCCUAAGUACCACGUUAAUGUCUUUCGCGCUUUCUUUAUUCUUUUUCACGUAUCCAUGGGUAUUUAACACGGGAAAUUUACCUUGGAAAAGCCCGGUCAUACGCACUAACAAAAUUUCCCGCGGUAAAAGAGUCCUUUUUUACCACGGUAAAAGUGUCCCUUGUAACCGCACCUAAUACAGGGUGUCCCAAAAGUUCGUUCCUCUAAUUUCAUGCGCUAUAACUUUUGAUAAAAACUUCAUUUUUACAUGAAAUUUCUAAAAUAUGUUUCUUACGCUAUCGAGUACUUGUGUUCAGAUGUUCAGUUACCGGCAUCCCCCCUUUGUUUCUUAUCACACUCUGUAGUCGUUGCGGCAUUAAGUGAGAUAAGCCAUGUAGCAGGUAGAGCCCUAGAUGUUUCAUUUUGAGCUUUUUUUUAUCACCCAGUAUGCAUGAGUCCCUUCAGCCCCCAAACAAUAUAAUUUUUUACAUUAGGCAGCUGAAACAAUGUAUUUUGGGCAUUGAUCCAAGGAAAGAUGAUCAUUCCGUCCCCUUUCCACAGUAAGGCUUUUGUUCUUCUUUACAAAUUUGAGACGAGCUGAACGUUGCUUGGCAGACGGCCCUGGCCUGGAGUAAAGUUUUUUUUUUUGCCAUCUCAGGGGUCUCCAAACGUUGCUUUUCAUGAACCUGCUCCAGAAUUAACUUGCUAAUUGUUGUAAGAGCUGUCCCGGUGGGUUUCCUGUUUUGUACUUGGCCUUCUUUAAAACUAUUUUAGCGGUUUUAUUCAGGACUUUCGGUCUUACCCCUCGUUUCUUGUCUGUAAAACCUUCAUUUCUCUAUGACCAUCUUACCACCCAACAUUCGGAUUUUUCCAUUUUUUUGGGAAUUUGUUUAACUGAUAAGCCAGUAGAUAGAAAUAGAUGCUUCUGCUUGCACGUAGCUGAGUGUUUUUUCGUUGAGAGGGCUUAAUCUUUCAGGAUAUUCACACAAAACAAGUUAGGAGUUCGAGCAUUUCGGGCUACAAAAUGCAAAAAAUAUAUGGCGGGAAAAUUU